UUCUGAUGCAAUAAUUACAUUUCACGCGUUAUUAUUUUUCAGAGCUUUGCAAGUUAACAAUCAAACGUCGUCUUUAAUAACAUAUUUGAAGUUCUGACAAGUGCAGGAAAGAAAGUUUGUUAAGUGAAAGAAAAGUGAUUUGAAUAUAAAAUUAUUAUCUAUUGAACAAGAUGAGUACAGCAAAGGAAAAUUGUCCACCAUCUCCAGGUAAAGUCAGAAGAUGCAAUGCAGCUUUUGGAGAAGAACUUUUUUCGCAAUAUAACCAAAAUACCUGCGAAUGCAUUCAUUUAAAAAUGCAGUUAAAAAAAUUAGAAGAAAAAAUCGUAAAACAAAAUCAGGCAAUUAUGGACGUCUUGGCAUCACAUUCAGUAUUGCUAAAUAAAAUCUAUAAAAAUGAAACGAUGCCCACCGAAGUGUCAACUGUUUUCCCGAUAAAAACGGUGGAAGAAUUAGAGAAACUGAAUAACGGUAUAUCUGAGGAGGAUAUUCCUUUUUAUGUUGCAACUGUUAAAAUGAAGAUAAAAGCUGGCGGUUUAAUUAAAAAUUUCAGCAAACUGAUUUCCGAAGACAUUUGUCUGAAGUACAAUUAUAAUGGAACACACGGCAAAUUGCCAUUUUGCCAGUAUUUAAAAAUUAACGGCACUUUUGAAGGGGCAAUUGGUGAUGAAAAUUAUACUUCACUGAUCAAACAAGCAUUUAAAAGGGCAAAAAAUAAAAUAACUAUCUUCUGGCGGACUUUCGCUGCGCCAGAGUUUUUUCAGCUUGCAUUUUCGUGGAGUUAAAUAGAAUUUUCAUUUCUUUACCUUUGAUGAAGUUUCAAGAGAUUUUUUUCUCAUUAAGGAUGGUUGAAGAUAAUAAAAGUUAAAAAACCGAUCUAAAAUACUCGAAUCACAGAAGUCUAGUGCAAUUGUAUCCAACUGUAAUGAAUUGAAGAAUUAAUUUCCGAACUAGUUACAUUAUUUGAUAAGAAAUCGAUGAUAAACCAGAUUCGUAGUAACCGAUUACGGAAUGGCUUCUUGGUAAUCGAGGCUGGAUCAAUUGGGUACCGCCUAUGACACGCAAUGCUAAAUGUAAUGCGCAAAACGCAUUUAAGUAAGCCAAAUUAGAACUGCUUUUUGGUUCCAGAGAAUCGAUUCCGCAAUUGAUUAUGAACUACUUCCAUUUCCUAGUGGGAACCCAGCACCAGCACCAACACCAUCACCAUCAACUCAUCUCAGCAACAAUCAACAGUGACCCACAACAAUAUUAUUACUCCUGCUCCUAAGGUAAGUCAGGAAAAAUUCCCCCCCAUAAUAAUCCGCGCCGAUCCGACUAUUACCAAAUCAGUUACAUCCAAAAUAAUUAGUGCUUCCCCCAACGUCUCCCUCAAGAAAACUAGCAUUCACUCCACUCAUGUGCUCGUCUCGAACCAAAUGGAGUUCGAAACCACGAAAGCACUACUGAAAGAAGGGAAUCAUCCCUAUAAUAAUAAUAAUAAUCGUUGGCGCAACAAUCCAUGUUGGAUCAGGGCCUUGAAGUGUGUUAGAGCACUUCAUUCAAGACCGUAACGGUACACUAGG